AUGCGGCCCGCCCGGAGUGCGCUCUGGCUGCGCCUGACCUUGGCCUUGGGCCUGGCACUCGUUGGCCCCAUGGCUGUGGGUUGGGCCUCACCCCGGGCUCCCAUCUAUGUCAGCAGCUGGGCCGUGCGGGUGUCCCAGGGUUACCAGGAAAUCGAGCGCCUGGCGCGCAAAUUCGGCUUUGUCAACCUGGGGCCGAUCUUCCCUGAUGGGCAGUAUUUCCAUCUGCGGCACCGGGGUGUGGUCCAGCAGUCCCUUACCCCACACUGGGGCCACCGCCUGCGCCUGAAGAAAGACCCCAAGGUGCAGUGGCUCCAGCAGCAGACGGUGCAGCGGCGGGUGAAACGCUCCUUGGUGGUGCCCACGGACCCCUGGUUCUCCAAGCAGUGGUACAUGAACAAGGAGGUGCAGCCGGACCUGAACAUCCUGCAGGUCUGGAGCCAGGGGCUUUCUGGCCAGGGCAUCGUGGUUUCUGUCCUGGACGACGGCAUCGAGAAGGACCACCCAGACCUCUGGGCCAACUAUGACCCCCUAGCCAGCUACGACUUCAAUGACUAUGACCCGGACCCCCAGCCGCGAUACACAUCCAGUGAUGAGAACCGGCAUGGGACCCGCUGUGCUGGGGAAGUGGCAGCGACGGCAAACAACAGGUUCUGUGGUGCUGGCGUCGCCUACAAUGCCCGAAUUGGAGGGGUGCGCAUGCUGGACGGCACCAUCACUGAUGUGAUCGAGGCCCAGUCGCUGAGCCUGCAGCCGCAGCACAUCCACAUCUACAGCGCCAGCUGGGGCCCCGAGGACGACGGCCGCACAGUGGACGGCCCGGGCAUCCUCACCCGAGAGGCCUUCAGGCGCGGCGUGACCAAGGGCCGAGGCGGGCUGGGCACCCUUUUCAUCUGGGCGUCGGGCAACGGCGGCCUGCACUAUGACAACUGCAACUGUGACGGCUACACCAACAGCAUCCACACGCUCUCGGUGGGCAGCACCACCCAGCAGGGCCGCGUGCCCUGGUACAGCGAGGCCUGCGCCUCCACGCUCACCACUACCUACAGCAGCGGCAUUGCUGCCAACCCCCAAAUCGUCACAACAGACCUGCACCACCGGUGCACGGACAAGCACACGGGCACCUCGGCCUCCGCCCCGCUGGCUGCGGGCAUGAUCGCCCUGGCUCUGGAGGCCAACCCGUUCUUGACGUGGAGGGACAUGCAGCAUCUGGUGGUCCGGGCGUCCAGGCCAGCGCAGCUCCAGGCCGAGGACUGGAGGACCAACGGCGUGGGGCGCCAAGUGAGCCACCACUACGGCUACGGGCUGCUGGACGCCGGGCUGCUGGUGGACUUGGCUCGCUCGUGGCUGCCCACACAGCCCCAGAGGAAAUGCAUCAUCCGCAUCGUGCACACCCCCACGCCAGCAGGAGGGACCCUCACCUCACGUGCUGCAGCCCCCAGCCCCAUCCUGCGGGUGAUGCACGUGAGGAAGAACGUGUCGGCCUGCUUCGGCCACGCCAACUACAUCCGCUCGCUGGAGCACGUGCAGGUGCAGCUGUCCCUGUCCUACAGCCGCCGUGGGGACUUGGAGAUCUCGCUCACCAGCCCCAUGGGCACCCGCUCCACGCUUGUGGCCAUCAGACCCUUUGACGUCAGUGGCCAAGGCUACAACAACUGGAUCUUCAUGUCCACCCACUUCUGGGACGAGGACCCGCGCGGCUUGUGGACCCUGGUCCUGGAGAACAAGGGCUACUAUUUCAACACAGGGAUGCUGUACCACUACACGCUGCUGCUCUAUGGGACAGCCGAGGACAUGACGGCGCGGCCCUCGGGCCCCCAGGGGACCAGCAGCGCGUGUGUGCAACGGGACACAGAGGGGCCGUGCCAGGAAUGCCAGAGCCCGGCCUACCUCCUGGGCCACCUCUGCCUCACCUACUGCCCACCGAGGUACUUCAACCACACCCAGCAGGCGGUGACGGCUGACCCUGGGCGCCCAGCCGCGCCUGCCCUGCGGGUCUGCUCCAGCUGCCACCCGUCCUGUUACACCUGCCGCGGCAGCUCCCCGCUGGACUGUACCGCUUGCCCCCCGCCGUCCAUGCUGGACGCGCAGCGGGGCUCCUGCUCGGGACCCGACCCCCCUGAGGGCCCCCCCCAGCCCACUGCGACCGCCUGCCCCUGCCGCCACGGCCCGGCCCAGGCCGUGGUGCUGGCCCUGUUGGCCGUGGCCUUCGGGAGCCCCCUCCUCUGCCGCAUCCUCCUUGUAGGCUGCCCGCCACCAUGGGUGGGACCCCCCGGAGCAGGGGGCCACUCCCAUCACCACUCCAGACCCCGCUGCAAGCUGGAACCCAGAGCUGGUUGA